GGGCGUGUAAUUUUUUUUAUGAAAAAUAUCAGUGUGUUUUUUUUUGUCGGUAGUAAAUUAAUUAUUUUCAUAAGAUCCAUAUGGACAAGAUAGGUCCACAUGCUAUACUGACCCAAUGUUGACAGUAUGCAUGCAAACAAGCCCAAUAACAAGGGAGUUCACAUGAAAAUUAUAUAACAGCCCAGUCAUUGUUUCAGUACUGAAGAGAAGGGAUGAUACAUUUUCUUGUAUUUUCUAUUUUAAUAAUAUAUAAAUUUAUUUCAGAGAUAUAUUUAUUUUAUAUCCCCCACUUUUUUUUUCAACUAAAAACACCUUAUCUCCAUUGUCUUUAUUUUUUAUGCUAGGACAGUGAAUAAACACAAUCUUUUUUUAUUAUUAUUAUUAACGUGAGUGUUCGGGUCAGCUUGCGCGUACCUCGACUAAUCCCAUGAACUCAGAAGUUAACGACCAUGUAAACAUUCAGUAGCUAUCAUAUUAGCAAUCACAUGGCUCGAACCUAAAAUCAUAAAAAAAACAAAUCUCUUGAUCUCAAACUUUUAUUACUGGCAAGAUGGUUAAUAAACACAAUCUUUACUUGGUUGUGACAGUGGAGAGUCUCAACAAAACUUUGUAUGCAUUUAUUUCUUCUCUGUUUUUUAAUUUAUUAUUUAUUUUCUUAUCUUAUUUUCCCCCUUUUAUUUUCUCCCGAUUUUAUUUAUGAUCACGAUUUUGCAAUGCUUACUUUAUCCUUUUUCACUCAAUUAUCUCACCAAAAUGAAUGAAAACAAUUUUAGAAUAUUAGAAUAAUCAUAUAAAUGUAUUUUUUAAAUUUUAAAAAAAUCAUUAAAAUAAAAAAGGUAAAAAAUAAGUCACAACAACAGCCCUGAACCUAGGUUACCAUAAAAAAUUAUUGGAUAUGAAUAUGCACAAGAAAAGUCAAUAUAUUUAGGCAUGUUAAUAAUUAUGAAGAGGACAAACCUUCUGGAAGGAAACUGGCACUGUUAGCAAUCUUUAAUGAUGCUAAACUCCCCCACUUUGUCCAAAAUUUAUUUUCUAUGAGAAAAGUCUUACCCAAAUUUGAUUUUUUUUAUGCUGCUAGUUGCUUCAAGAACUUGCUCUCCUGCUCUAUAAAUAAAUAAUCCAAACCCCAGAAGAAUUUCAAGAGGCAUAAACUGUGACAUCCAAUAUUAUUCAAUAAUUAAUAAACACAGCAACUCCAAGAAUAUCUUUCUUUUAGAGCAUUCUAGAGAUGGAAAAGGCACGUACGGUUGGUGUCGGCAUGGAUUACUCUUCCACAAGCAAAGCAGCCCUGCGUUGGGCGGCUGAGAAUUUGAUAGGUGAAGGCGACCGAAUUAUUCUGAUCCAAGUUCAGCCUCCUAACGCUGAUCAUACCAGGAAGCAGCUUUUUGAGGGCACUGGAUCACCCUUAGUGCCACUCGCGGAAUUCAGGGAGAUCAAUUUUUCAAAGCAGUACGGGCUUACUUAUGAUCGUGAAGUUCUUGAUAUUCUGGAUACAGUUUCAAGGACCAAGGGGGCUGAAGUGGUGGCGAAGGUCUACUGGGGAGAUCCAAGGGAGAAGUUGAUUGAUGCUGUGGAAGAUCUUAAGUUGGAUUCUCUUGUUAUGGGAAGUAGGGGUUUAGGUGCUAUCAAAAGGGUGUUGCUUGGGAGUGUCAGCAACUACGUGGUGACAAAUGCUCCAUGUCCAGUCACUGUAGUCAAGGGAUCCAAACCUUAAUGACCUCAAGAAUCUAGCUUGUGUCGCAACAUGGGAUUGCUGACGAUAUCACGAGGCUCAAUGUGUGUAUUUUCAUGUGUAGAAUACAGUAUUAUUAUUUUUUACUGUGACGUUGGUAUUUGGUAAGAGUAGAUACAAGUUACGAGUGCUGGUGUGAUAAAAGGGUGACAAGGAUAUCAAUGAUUUGCUUCCAAUUUGAGCUUAUCUCUAUUUAUUUUCCGUAGAUAUAAAUAUUUUUUAAUUAUUAUAUUAGAAAGUCCACUUAAUCAUUCUUUUAAA